CAUGACGGGGAUGAGCCCCUCCCCUCUCUGUCCGCUCUGUCCAGUCGAGCCGGAACCAUCGCCAGCCUCCACGACCGCAUCAUGAUCAGCCCUGGCAACGAGCAGGCCAUCGAGAGACUCAAGGAAACAGAGAAAAUCAUCGCAGAGCUCAAUGAGACCUGGGAGGAGAAACUUCGCAGAACAGAAGCCAUCAGAAUGGAAAGAGAGGCCCUGCUGGCUGAGAUGGGUGUGGCCAUGAGGGAAGAUGGAGGAACUGUGGGAGUUUUUCCCCAAGAAGUAGCAGUCACCCUGGAGCCCUGUGAGGGAGCUGAGACCUACGUCAACGGGAAGAGGGUCACAGAGGCUACCGUCCUCAAAUCAGGGAACCUGCAUUAUCCUGGUAAGAGCACGUGUUCCGGUUCAACCACCCAGAAGCAGGCGCGCUCAGAAGAAGGAGUAGGAUGCCCUGCGCUGACAACCCCGCUGAAGCUUCAGGAGCUGGAAGACCAGUAUCGUAAAGAGAGGGAGGAAACCCACAACCUACUAGAACAGCAGAGGCUGGACUAUGAGAGCAAGCUGGAAGCCCUUCAGAAACAGGUGGACCGUUUUUACCCUGAGGUAAUAGGAGAGGAAGAGGAGGAGUCUGAGGAGGAAGUUCUGUGGACAGAGAGGGAGACGGAGCUGGCCCUGUGGGGUUUCAGGAAGUGGUGCUGUUACCAGUUCACUUCCCUCAGAGACCUGCUGUGGGGAAACGCCAUCUUCCUCAAGGAGGCUAACGCCAUCAGCGUGGAACUCAAGAAGAAGGUCCAGUUCCAGUUGGUGCUGCUGACCCGACACCCUGUACUCCCCCCACUGCCCACUGAACUGCUGCCCCCUGGCAGCAGCCAAGGACAGAGCGACCCGCCCGUUCCCCCAGGACCCAUCGUAGCUGUGGAGGUACAGGACCAGAAGAAUGGAGCCACACACUGCUGGACCCUGGAGAAGCUUAGGCAGCGUCUGGACCUGAUGAGAGAGAUGUAUGACAGAGCAGCAGAGGUUCCCAGCAGCACCAUAGAAGACUGUGAGAACAUCAUGACUGGAGGAGACCCCUUCUACGACCGCUUCCCCUGGUUCCGUCUGGUUGGCAGCAACCCCCUUUUCAACGCGUGCAUGAGCGAGCGCAUGAGUGAUCCCACUCCCUCCCCCACUCCUUCCGCCACCCUCUCCACCUCCGAGCUAACGGAGCUGGCCGACACUCGUCCGGAGGGACGAGGAGGGGAGGAGGAGGAGGAGUUGGAUGCUUUGCAGGAUCUGAACGAUGAUAUAUUUUUGGACGAUCCGUGCUCGGAGCUCGGGGAUGAUGAUGAUGAUGAUGAGGGAGGGCCGUGCCGAGGCGGCUCCAGCGAAGGCCUGGAUCCCUUUUAUGACCGCUCUCCGUUAUUCAGUGUAGUAGGAAGCCGCUGUGGUGUCGUCCUCAGCCGCUUGUGUAGUCGUCCUCAGCUGCUGUGGUGGCUCCUCAAGCGCUGUGUGUCUCCUCAGCCGCUGUGUAUCUCCUCAGACCGCUGUGGUGUCUCCUCAGCCGCUUUCCAGGCUGAGUCGUGCCCCGCUGGUCUGUCCCGUACUGGGGCGUCCCAGGAGGAGCUGCGUUUCGUGGAGGGGGAGGGACAGAACUCAGAGAUCGGACCCUCAGCCGAUGAAGUCAACAACAAUACAUGUGCGGCCGGUCCUGAGGAGUUGGAGAGCCCCCUGAAGGCCAACCUGGAGGGAGGAGCUCUGGACGGAGCCCUGGAACACCUGAGGAUAGGUAACAUCUUCACCUUCAGAGUGACGGUCCUACAGGCCUUCAGCAUCUCUGCAGAGUACGCUGACAUCUUCUGCCAGUUCAAUUUCAUCCACCGCCAUGAUGAGGCCUUUUCCACAGAGCCUCUAAAGAACACAGGGCGAGGUCCUCCUCUGGGCUUCUACCACGUACAAAAUAUUGCUGUAGAGGUCACCAAAUCCUUUGUGGACUACAUCAAGACCCAGCCUGUGGUGUUUGAGGUGUUUGGUCACUACCAGAAACAGCCUACUCUCUGCAAGGAGCUCAUCAGCCCCCUGCGUCCCAGCAGAAGGCAGUUCCCUCCAGUCAUGCCCCUGUCCAAACCAGUCCCUGCCACCAAGCUGACUGCCCUGAUGCGCCCUACAGCCGGGCCCUGCCACUGCAAGUAUGACCUCAUGGUGUUCUUCGAGAUCUGUGAGCUGGAGGCCAGUGGAGACUACAUCCCAGCAGGAGUGGACCAUAGAGGAGGCAUGCCUUGCCAUGGGACGGUCAUGCUGCACCAGGAUGUUGAUCUGGUUGGAAAGGUCUUCCUGAGUGAAGGGGAGAGUCCAGCACCAGGGCAGAGGACAGGACAUGCUGAUGCUGACGUGUCUCUCCCUCCAGUCCACUCCACUAACACAAUGUUGUUUUGUGUUUUUCACAGACAGUUUCUUGAUUCGGACAUGCCUAGGACAUUCUAUCGCUUCGAGGCUGCCUGGGACAGCGCCAUGCAUAACUCCCUUCUCCUGAACCGUGUCACUCCUUACGGAGAGAAGAUCUACAUGACCUUGUCGGCCUACCUAGAGAUGGAGAACUGCACUCAGCCCACAGUCAUAACCAAAGAUUUCUGUAUGGUGUUCUACUCUCGAGACGUUAAACUCCCGGCCUCCCGCUCCAUCCGAAACCUGUUUGGCACCGGAAGCCUGAGGACAACAGAGGGGAACCGAGUGACAGGUGUGUACGAGGUCAGCUUGUGUCACCUGGCGGAUCACGGGAGCCCAGGAAUGCAGAGGAGACGUCGCCGGGUGCUGGACACCUCGGUGGCGUACGUCCGAGGGGAGGAGAACCUGGCUGGGUGGAGGCCACGCAGUGACAGCCUCAUCCUGGACCACCAGUGGGAACUGGAGAAACUCAGCCUCCUACAGGAGGUGGAGAAGACGAGACACUACCUGCUCCUGAGGGAGAAGCUAGAGUCCACCCUGCUGCUGGAUCAGGAAGGGUUGUUGUCCUGUGUGUCUGUGGAGCAGAGUGAGUCCCCUCAGCCUUCCGAAGGCCAGGACCUCAGCCCCACAGCUGACGCCCUCAACGAGAGACAGAGGGAGCUAGCCGCUAAGUGUCUACGGCUACUCGCCCACUCCUUCAACAGAGAGUACACCCACGUGUGUGUCAGCGCCAGUGAAAGCAAGCUGUCUGAAAUGUCAGUGACUCUGUUGAGGGAGUCGACCUCUGCCACGGCCCUCGACACCCUCACCCCCUCCUCGACGUGCCCCUCAUUGGUGGAGGGAUGCUACCCCAAGACUGAAACGCUCAGAGCCACCAAGCUUCGCUCCCGAUGUGCCAGCCCCAACCCUGACUGCUCACAGCGGGAUGGAGAGGUCAAGAAGUCCUCUGGUGGGGUUGCCGCCCCGGAGGUUAAACCCAGGGUGCGCCGCUUUGUACCAGACAUCCAAGAGAUCCGGGUCAGCCCCAUUGUGUCAAAGAAGGGCUACCUGCAUUUCCUGGAGCCUAAUACCAACGGCUGGGUGAAGCGUUAUGUGGUGGUGAGACGUCCGUACGUCUAUAUCUACAAUACAGAGAGAGACAGCGUGGAGAGAGCCAUCCUCAACCUCUCCUCUGCCCAUGUCAAGUACAGCGAGGACCAGCAGGCCAUGCUCAAGACCCCAAACACGUUUGCUGUGUGUACAGAGCACCGCGGUAUACUGCUCCAAGCCAGCAAUGACAAGGAGAUGCACGACUGGCUCUAUGCUUUUAACCCUCUCCUGGCUGGAUCCAUCAGAUCAAAACUCUCCAGAAGGAGAGCUGGACAGAUGAGGAUGUGAAACAAACAAUCCAACAACAACAACGUCUUAUAAAGAAGAUAGAAAACAUUCGAACGCAAAGAGACUAACCUGUAUAUAAAUCCUAGAUUACUCCUGUGCUUAUCCCCCCCCCCCUUCCUCCCC